UAAGAGUGAAUGACGAUGUCUCUAUGCUCCAGCAUUAUGAUAAUGUCUACAAGAUCAGAAGUGCAUGCUUAGUGACUUUUGAUGAUCUAUAGAGCUCUUUUCUCACUAUUUCCUAUUUUUUUGUCCAUCAAUUGCUACAAGUUAGUUCUUUCUUGGCACAUGAAGGCUGCCACCAUGUGUGAAUUUUCCAAGCAGGAGUUCAUUGGUGGUUUACAAGCUCUUGGGAUAGAUUCACUGGAGAAGUUCUGUGACAGGAUACAAUUUAUGCAUUCUGAGCUGAAAGAUGAGCAAAAGUUCCGUGAGAUCUAUGACUUUGCUUUUGGCUGGGCAAAGGAGAAGGGUCAAAAAUCUUUGGCAUUGGAUACUGCAAUCGGGAUGUGGCAGUUGCUUUUUGAAGAAAAGCAGUGGCCAUUGGUUGAUCACUGGUGCCAGUUCUUGCAGGUAGCCUAAUGGAACAUAUGUUUGGCAAUUUUUAAAAAUUUUCUACAAAUUUGCAUGGGAGCUAGUGAAUUAUCCUAACUUGUGAUGUGUAUUCGGUAAUCAUUAAUUCAUAUAUUCCCUGAGUAUUUCCU